AUUUACAUUGACGCGGUGCGACUUCGAGACGCGUCGCCAAACGAUUUCCACUAUACUAUUGCUUGACUAAUCCUACGUUUCAUGAUGCAUUUCAACCUUCAGGAGGAAAUUCUUGCCAUCCAAGACCAAUCAACCUACCACAUCCCUAACGAGAUCACAGUGCAAGGGGCAGACUUGAAUGACCUACGAACCAGUUUAGAAGAGGUUGUCGAGGCUGUCGCUGAAUCAUUUGACGCGAUCGCCCAGUCUCGUGUCUUCGAUGUUUACCGAAGUUUCCUAAAGUGCUACGACUCGCUUUCUGGGCUCUUUAUGACCAAAAUUUUGGAUUCUAUCUCAUCUGGACUCUUGGCGUCAGUCGAAGCGAUUAACCGAGAGCUGGAUGGGACUGAAAGAAGCGGGAAAGAGAUCGGUCCGGUGCUCAGAAGCGCCCUAGAGAUGUUCUCCUUUCUCCUUCAAUGGUUUGCUAUCGCGGCAGAGAGGCAUUCGCCGAAGGAGGAUGCAGAAACAAUUGUGACCACCUCCAGGUCAAAGGGGAAGAAGACAGCUAAAUCUGCACAAAGACGUGCUGCUGCCUCUGAGCAGUUUAUAUGGACAAAUCAUAUCCCAUCUACAUUGUCCCUGAUAUCCAGAGUUCUGAGGGACUUACAGACGCAUCGAGUAUAUACUACAACUGCAGAGAAGGAUGCAUUUAUCAAUUGCAUCACUCGACCUGCCUGGAGGAUAACGGAAUCUGAGGAGCAUAUGAAAUCCAAUGAGAUAAGGAUGAGCGUGUAUAAGAUCAUUUGCCAUGCGGUGAAAAAGCACGGCCACGCCUUUAGCGCCCAAAUCUCAAUUAUGCAAGGUUUACAGUACUUCGAACAUCUCAGUGAGCCCAUGGCAGGGAUCCUAGCAGUGUUGCAGAAGGAAUUUGAUCAUACUCAGCUGGCCGAAGAGGUGCUAAGAGAAAUUUCGCAAAAGAGUUUCAACGGCCAAGACACUAAGGGACCACGCUCUUUUUCCAAAUUCUUGAUCCGACUCGCGGAUUUGUCCCCCCGCAUCAUUCUGAAGCAAUUCGCGCUCCUUCGUGUGCACUUGGACUCUGAUGCAUAUCCAAUGCGUGUUGCUUUGGUUGAAGUUAUUGGCGUAUUAAUCCGCGAGAUUGCCCAGGACGCCGAAGAUAUCCCUUCUAAUGGGGAUGAUGCUAUUGGGCGGUCCCAAGAGGGGCAGGAAAAGAAGGAAAAGAAGAUAAACAAGCUUUUCGAGCUACUGCUUGAGCGUUUCUGCGACAUGAGCAGUUAUGUUCGUGUCAAGGUAAUUAACACCCUUUCCAAGUUAUGGGAAUUGCGCGUCAAAUUACCUAUACAACGCGCUCAAACAACGCCAUUGGUCAUAGCUGCUCUUUCCGACAAAGCUUCAUCAGUUCGACGAUAUGCAAUCGCUCUCUUGACCACGAUGAUUCUGACACACCCUUAUGGUGCCUUGUAUGGCGGCUAUCUCAACUUAAAAGAAUGGGAAGAACGCUACCGAUCCGUCAAAGAGCAACUCGCCAUCAUAGAAGUUAAACAAGACAAACAUUUGAACGCCUUGGCCGGUACCGAUAAGGACGAAAGCCAAAAUGAGGGACCUGAAGCCAAUGAUAGCGGCGAUGAAGAGGACGAGAACGAGGAUGAGCGGGGGUCUGAUGACGACAGUCACGGAGCGGACCAAGUCCCUAAGAAAAAGAAAAGCAAAGCUAGGGCCCGGAAGUCUGCUACUGAGCGAGCAUUAGCAAUCGAACAGGCCGAGGCACUCAACACUCUAGACAUGGCGAAUCUAACUCGCUUCCGACUAACUAAGCGAUACAUUGCUGAUGCACUCCAAUUCAUCAGGGAGGUCGAGAGUGCCAUGGACAUUGUGGGACAACUGCUGGGGAGUACGAGCAAGGCAGAAGUCCUAGAGGCUAUCGAGUUUUUUAAGGUAGCAUAUGAAUAUCAGAUGCUUGGUGCGCAAGUGGGCGUCAAGAAAAUGCUGCACCUCAUAUGGACCAAAGACAACAGUGGUACGACAUCAGAAGAGGACAAGGAGCUCAAAGGCAUCCGUCAACGGCUCAUCGAGUGCUAUCGUGCAUUAUACUUCGACCCCGUUGACGACGGAGAUUCUCGCCAACAAACAAACCGCAUUGCAAAAAACAUGAUCGAGCUCACCCGGAACUCCACCCUGGCUGAACUCACUUCCCUGGAAGAAUUGAUGCGAACAUUAUAUGAAGACGAUAAAGUUGACCAAGAAGUGUUGAACACUUUGUGGCAAGUUUACAGCACUGAGCGUGAAAUUCCUCGCUUUCAGAGAAGGGGUGCUAUAAUUGUGUUGGGCAUGUUUGCUUUAUCGAAGCGCGAAGUGGUCAUUGAGAGGACGGAUACUCUUCUUAAGAUUGGAUUAGGUCCACUAGGACGGGCCGACUUGGUUCUCGCACAAUACACGUGUAUUGCUCUUCAGCGGAUCGGCGGGAAUGCCAAGAAAGUUAAAGGCUCUCUUGAGGAUAAAACUAUACGCCUGUCCAUGGAUAACAUUAUGUUCAGAAAGAUCAAGGAAACCGUCGAACAUCCGUGCACAUCAAAGGACUGGUUUGGGAUGGCGGAGCAGGCAAUUAAUACUGUUUAUCUACUCGGGGAACAACCCGACGCCCUCUGCGGAGACCUCAUUAAAUCGUACACUCGUCAAGUCUUCGCAGAAACCAGGUCGCCGUCCGAACCCAAUGGUGUGCCUAGUGACCUCACUAUCCCAGGAGCUGAUGCCUCAUCCCGUGGUAAAUCUGCUGAGCCUGCUGGUGAUGCUGCGGCACCCUCUGGGGACUCGUUCUUGCUUAGUCAGUUAAUUUUCCUUGUUGGUCAUGUCGCGUUCAAGCAUAUCGUGUAUCUUGAGCUUGUUGAGCGGGAGUUGAAACGGAGAAAGGAGCUUCAGGCGAAGGAGAGAGGUGCUGCUGCCGCUAAAGGCAGGACCUCCAAUACGAAAGAUGUAGAUGAGUUGGAACAGGUCGCCGGAAGUGCUGAAGACGAUACCGCUGAUCGGAUCACCAAGUUCUGCGAUGAUGAAAUGUUGUAUGGAGAGAAAUCACUACUUGGCCUGUUUGGGCCAAUGAUUGUGCAUAUCUGUGCUACGCCGAAGAUGUACAAGAGUCCAACCCUCCGGGCCUCAGCGACACUCUCCCUUAGCAAGCUGAUGUGUGUUAGCACACACUUCUGUGAAGACAAUCUGAUGCUGCUAUUCAAGAUCAUGGAGACCUCGAAGGAUCCGAUCAUUCGCAGCAACUCCAUCAUCGCCCUGGGCGAUAUUGCCGUCCGCUUCAGCCAUCUCAUAGAUGAGAACAACAACAAGCUCUACGACGGCCUCUCUGACCAGAGCAUUGUUGUGAAGAAGAACACCCUCAUGGUGCUUACCUACCUCAUUCUUGGGAGUAUGAUAAAGGUCAAGGGUCAGCUCGGUGAGAUGGCCAAAUGUCUAGAGGACGAGGACCAACGAAUAGCAGACCUCGCGCGACUGUUCUUCACCGAACUUUCCAGCAACAAGGAUAAUGCGAUAUAUAACAAUUUACCUGAUGUAAUCAGUCAUCUCUCAAUUGGGCAGCAUGCAUUGGAGGAAGAAGCGUUCCAAAGGACGAUGCGAUAUAUCUUCACUUUCAUCGAAAAGGAAAAACAAGCUGAAGCCAUUGUGGAAAAAUUAUGUCAACGCUUCCGCCUUGCUUCAGAGCCUCGUCAAUGGCGGGACAUCGCAUUCUGCUUAUCUUUACUUCCCUUCAAGUCAGAGCGAUCAGUGAAACGUCUGAUUGAGGGUUUGCCAUUCUAUCAAGACAAGUUGCAUGAAGAGGCCGUCUUCAAUCGAUUCAACGAGAUCCUGAUCAAGGCCCGCUCAAACAAAUCAUCAAAUAAACCUGAUACGGAGCUGAAGGAGUUUGAGCAGAUCCUGAAAGACUUCAAGGAGAAGGGUGAAGAAGACCAGGCACUAGAGGAGAGUAUGCAGAAGAAAACGGCCGCCACCCGCAAGAAAGUUUCCCGGCGAAAACAACCAACUCGCGGGCGUAAAGCCUCAGCGAAAAGUGCUACUCCAGACAAUGACGGCUCAGAAUGAGUUUUUACCUGGCUGAUUUCACAUAUCCAUUUGUAUACUAUGUAUAUGUAAUCACAACUCGGCGCAUUGAUAUAAUACCACUUGAGUACCCGCAC